CUUGACUGCCAGUAUUCACCAUCAAACCGCCCUCCGCGGGCGUACAGAGCCAUGCGAGCAACCCCUGUGAACGCUCCGCUCCCUCAUUGCAUCUGUAUCGGCAUUCUGAUUGCAGGUGACACCACAAGCCACUGCACACUGCACAGACAGCACCUCCUGUGAUGGCAUCAUUAGACGCCCUCGCCGCGACAGCAGGAGGCGCGGCACCAGCAGACGCCAUCGCCGCGACAGCAGGACACGCGGCGAUCGAAGCGGCCAAAACCGGCGACCUCCCAAAACUAGCCGCCGCGGGCGACGGGGCGCUGCGCGCCGUCGACGCCUACGGCUCGAACGCGCUGCACUGGGCCGCCGGCCGCGGCCACCUGGCUUUGGUAAGGCACCUCGUGCAGGACCGGGGGAUGGACGCUUCAUUUCCAGCAAAUCCGCCGCGGCGCCGCGACGCGCCGACGACGCGCGGCCGGACCGCGCUCCACUACGCGGCGCGCAACGGCCACCUUGACGUCGUCGAGUAUCUGGUAAAGCGGCCCGACGUCGACGCGGACGCGCGCGCCGAGGGCGGCGUCUCGCCCGCGCAAUUAGCCUGCUGGCGCAACGAAUUUGACGUUGUGAAACGCCUCGUCGCCGCCGGCGUCGACGUUUCACAAAAAAACGACGCCGGCUGCGGCUUCGCGCACUGGCUCGCCUGCGCGCCGCGGGACGCGGGCGACCUCCGGCCGCUCGCGGCGUGGCUCGCCGCGCGGCUCGGUCCUACUGCUCUUGCCGUCGAGCCGAACGGCCACGGCCACACGUGCCUGCACAAGGCCGCCUUCGCGGGCCACUUUGACUUGUGCGCGUAUCUGGUCUCGUGCUUUUUUGCGGCGUCCUGUUGUUCCUUCGCGUUGUGCAUCGCGCGUUGUCUGCCGUCGUCGCGUCGACGGCGUGCUGACUGUGUACGUGUUCGUCGCGUCUAAAGCGUACCGAUGGGGACGCGUCCGCCUCGACGCUGUCUCCUCUACGCCGUUGACUGAUGUACACGUCCGCCUCAACGCCGUCGCCGCGCCACGUCCAGAGAACGGGCGCCACGCGCCACGCCAUCGACGCGCCACGCACGCAGCCUCGGCGCCGACGACGCCGUGCUGGACGCGACGGGCGGCCGCGCCUCGGACGACGCCGACGCGGCCGGGCACCCCGAGCUGCGCGACUUUUUGCGGCGGCACGCGGACCGCGCGAAAGAUAAAGCGAGUCGCACGGCGUUGGGUUUGCCCGCGGCCGGCGCGCUCGACGCGGUUCACGUAAGGGACGCGUUUCGGGAAAAAGCGCUCGCGACGCACCCCGACCGGGCGGUCGGCGACGACGCCGCCUUCGUGGAGGCGCGGGCGGCGCGCGAUUACUUGAGCGGCGUGGUUGAUGAGGACGCUCGAGUGACACGGCGCCUGCCGUUACUGAUCGAGGCGCUCGGGCCCGCACCGGGCGAGGCGCGCGCUCAUGUGUUCGCGGCGCGCGUCGUCGCCGCGAUUCUAGAACACGGCGACGGCGGCGUCGCGCUCGCACACCUCCCGAAAAAGUUCCGUCUUUUAUGGGGCCGCGAGUUCGGCGAGGCGGCGGCGGCGGCCGGCUUUCCGCAGCGGGGCGUGAAGCGCGUUCUCUGGCGGCUGAAGUACGCCGUCCGUAUUUCGAAGGGAGAGCCGCCGAUGGCUUUUUCGCGGGUGUUGUGUUCGGAGGUGCGGGCGCGGCUCGAGGCUUCUUGACUGGCGCGAUGUUUGUGUGGUGGUGGUGUUUUUGUGCUUAACGAUUGUCACUUGACCCGUGAUCUUGCCUUGGCGCGGGUUUUUUGUCGGUCCCGUGUAAAUCGCAAGGAAUAAGGGAAUCAGCUCUCGAGACGCUUGGAAGUACUGGUCUUUUCGAAG